AAAGGAAUCCAAGGAAAGAAAUUCUCGCCCAACUUUGCAUUAAUGCUUCCAUAAUUUUACUUAUACCAUUUGAACCCUCUUGUCUGUCACUGUCCCUUUGCCUCUCCUUUUUACCAUCUGAAUCCUCUUUGAUCCUUCUCUCUCGUCUCAAACUUCAAACUCUAAACAUGGAUGUUCGAUCCAGAAGAGCUAGACAAACCAGUCCAGACAGAGCCAAACUCUCCAUGCAACAGCACCGCCACCGCCAGCCGCCGAAGCCUAAUCCCACCAGAAAAGUUCAAGUCGUUUACUAUCUCACCAGAAAUGGCCACCUGGAACACCCCCAUUACAUGGAAGUCUCCCACUUCGCCACUCAGCCCCUUCGCUUAAAAGACGUAAUGGACAGGCUGAUCGCUCUCAGAGGCAAAGGCAUGCCCUCUCUAUAUUCUUGGUCAUGCAAAAGGAGCUACAAAAAUGGCUAUGUGUGGAACGACUUGGCUGAAAAUGAUGUUAUUUUUCCAGCUGAUGGAGCUGAAUAUGUACUAAAAGGCUCUGAAAUUCUUGAAGGUCGUGCUGAGAAAUUGCAGGGGUUGAAUGUGAGUAGUAGGCAGUUGAUUGAGGAGCCAAAGGAAACAUUUAAAACAACGGCGUAUGAAGAUCAAGAUUACGAAGACGAAUUUGAGGAAGACGAAGAGAAGACCAGCUACACAAGCUCCACCACUUCUCAAUCUCGUUGUUCGAGAGGUGUCUCAACAGACGAACUCGACGAACCGGAACCGCAGAAACCCCAGCUCACUGAGUCAACACCAAAGUUAUUAGCUCGCUCACCGCCUUCACUGUCUUCCAUCUUGUCUCAGGAAAAACCAACCAACAAAACCACCACCAACACGUCUAGAAGGUUCGAAGAUGGUGACCCAGUUGCUACCGAGUCUGCCUCGAGUCGAAACUCGGUUCUCCUCCAGCUCAUUUCCUGUGGAAAUCUACCCAUCCCUAAAGCGAAGAGUAACAACAGCAAUGUCGUGAGAAGAAGCAGCAGCGAUUUGCACAGAGGGGUUCUCUGUAAAAGAGCGAUGAAGAUUGCUGAAGAAGAAGAUAAGGAUAUGAUAAGCUUCAUGUCUGAGAAUCCCAGGUUCGGGAAUUUGCAGGCUGAAGAGAAGGAGUAUUUUAGCGGAAGCAUUGUCGAGUCAGUGAGUAAGGAUCGAGUUGAGACUCAGCCCGUUCUCAAGAAAUCAAAUUCCUAUAACGAAGAAAGGAGCUCGAAGGCUGCGUUGAUGGAGGAGAUGAAUGCCGUUGAAGAUGAAGAAGAGAAAAGAAGCAAUUAUGGGUUGAAAGGGAAAUGCAUUCCUCGCAAGAAAUCUUCAUCAUCAUCUUCAAAGAAAAUCAUCAGAAAAUGAGUUGUUUUUAUCAUCUUUAUUACUGUCGUAAUUUGCUUAUAGUGGAGUUGUUGGAUUGGGGCAGUCAUAAUUAGGGUUUAAGUUACAAAUUAUAAUUAAUUAGAACUUGAUUAGUGUUUCAUAAUCAUGAUUAGGAGAUACUGUUUGUGCGGUGGAAAGUUGGAAAAGAUUGUGCUUAAUUCAUGCAUCUUCAAGACGUUGAAAUGUGAAAAGAUGUUUGGACCA